UACAUAUAUGUAUAAAUUUUAUAUUCAGAGGUUUAAUUUUUAUAUAUAUCAUUUAGCAAUUUUUUUAUUAUUGUUAUAUGUUAGCUCUUUGCGUUCGAGGACUUUUUCAGUCGGGCGAAGUAGCAACUCCAGAUGAUUUAGCGUAUAUGUGACGCGCGUCUUACAGGGCUUCUAAACUAUAAUACUUUUGCCAUGAUCGUCAAAUCCAAACUAACAUUAGAGAUGUCAGAACCAUAGUUACAGAGGGAUUUGGGAUUAAAUAUUUUAUUUCCAUUUUAAAGUGUAACACUUCACACCUUCUAACAAAGACCAUAAAGAGCUAAGGAACCUAUUUACAAACCAAUACUGCUGUUUCAUCAAUUGGAGAUGUUGAAAUUUAACAUAAAUGAGGACUGUUGUCUCUCACUUGUCAAUGGAGUUGUCACACAAAAUGUGGUGGCAAUUGAGAGUGGCCUCUCGAGCGCAAAGGGUUAGAAAUAGUUUUGUGAAAUGUUAAGUAAUAUGAAGUGAUAGCCAUAUGAGGAAAACUAUAAGUGAUUACAGUGUUAUGUCUUGAAAGAAUUAAUUAUAAUUAUAAAUAUAUUGAGUAUAAGUAAUGUCAACUUCAACAUUAACAAUGCCAUCUACAUCGAUAAACACUUCUAGAAUUCCAAGUCCCAUCAGUGAUACAUUUGAUGAUAAUCCUAGUAGAUUAACUACAUAUUUACAUCAGCUUGCUGGGUGCUAUGAAACUGAAAUUAAUGUGCUUGCAAAAGAUCAUUGUUAUGCACGUCCAUGGAAUUGGAAACCAGAGAAUGUUUAUGUAAAGCCAAUAAAAAAGUUGUUUUUCUCAAAGAAAAAUUUAUUAACGGAAAAAGUUGCUCAGGAUGAAGAAAUUAAUAUAGAAGAAAUUAAUAACGAGCCAUUAGUACCACCAAUAGAUUUUACUAGAGUUCGACAUCAAAUGGAUGAAUUACAAAGGUUAGCAAAUUUUGCUAGACCUGAUGAAAAUGAAGAUUGGGAAGAAAAGCUUGAUAAAAUUUUAUGGACACCGGUUCAAAAUCGAAUAUUCACCAAAGUUCUUAAAAUAUUAAAUUCAGAAAGACUUACAAGAUUAGCUAAAGUAGACAGUUCAAUAGAACCAAUUUAUCGAAGAACAUCAGUUGAUACAGCAGCAAGGAGGUUUCGAGAAACAUUAGCUUCAGUUGGGUGGGAUUGGAGACUUGCACAAUGGUUGCAUAAUUUAUUGUUUGACCAUCUUCCUCAAGAGUAUCUUGGGAUUUAUCUUGAUAUAUUACAAUCUUUAAGACUGAAAAUUCCUCAACUUAUUGAUAAAAUGAUUGCUAUACAACCAAAUAUUAAUGCAAAAACAGGUUCUAUAACAUGGGAAACACUUGGAUCACUCCUUAAACGUACAUGGGAUCCAAUUACUCCUAGUUUAAAUAGUAAUAGACUUAAAAAAUUACCAGGAAAUCCAAUCUUAAUAAUAGUUCCUUCUGGAGUGGGAUCUAGUAUGUCUACAAGGCAACAUAAAUGGAUUUCACAAUUAGGAGCUUUAGGAAUGGUUGUUACUGUUCACACACACUUAGGUUUAGCAGCUAAUAGAAUGACCAUGAUGGUAUGCAUUGAUCAAUUACUUCAAGCUACUAGAACUAAGAUACAAGAUAUUAGAAGUGAUUGUCCUGGUAGACCAAUUAUUCUUGUUGGAUUUAAUACUGGUGCUGCUCUUGCAUGUCAGGUAGCACAAAUGGAACAUGUAACUGCAGUUAUUUGUCUUGGGUUUUCAUUUCUUACGGUUGAAGGAAAAAGGGGUACACCUGAUGAUACAUUAAUGGAUAUUCGAUGCCCAGUUAUGUUUGUUAUUGGACAAAAUGCUACACUUGUAAGACCUGAUGAUAUAGAGGAUCUUAGAGAAAGAAUGAUGGUUGAAACAAGUUUGGUAGUGGUUGGAACUGCUGAUGACCAUUUAAGAAUUUCUACUGCUAAAAAGAUAUCAGAGGGUAUUACACAAAACAUGGUAGAUAGAUGUAUCUUGGAUGAAGUCGGAGAUUUUGUGGGAACUAUUCUUUUGCAACCACAUCCACUACCAUUGAGAUCAACAUCAUUGUCAAAUUAUGAAAAUAAAAAUAACAGAAAAGAAUCACGGAAGCGAAGAAAUUCAACAAGCAGCUCUGUUGAAAGUGAACCAAAUUCUCCAACAAUAAAAAAGUCUCGACCAAAUACACCAAUCUCUUCAGUAAUAUCUAUUGGACAAAACACACAAUCAGCUACGAUUUCCCGAGUAGGAGCAUUUAGUACGCAACAGAAUAUAAUCGCAGUGAGUGGAAUACAUACAAAUCAUGUACAGAGCGUGAAACGGAAACCUCGAGUUGUUAAUAACCAGAAAAGUCAUUUUGUGGAACACUUGAUAACAUCUAGACUUUCCGGACAACCAAACUCGGGUUCAGAUAAUGGUGGUAUAACAUUAAACAUUGGGUCAUUGGCAAGUUUAGCACCAAUUGGACCAAUACGUUUAGCUCCAGCAUCAUCAGGUCAAGUUGUAUCUACACCAAUAAAAAAUAUUCCUAAAUCUUCGAUUGCGUCAACUAAAGUGCCUAAAAUUGUAUCAACGAAUGUACAGUUACAGAACAUGCCAAAAAUGAAAGCCAUUGUAUCAUCAGGUAAAGGCUUUUCUAAAGUAAUAUCAAACAAUUAUAGGCAUCUCAAUAUUCCUGACAAGAAUGGAGAUACAAAACUUGUUAACGUUUUAACAUCGUCAGGAAAUCAGAUUAGAGUGAAUACUUCAACUGCAGCAGCGCUGCACAAUAAACCUACGAUUGGUACAUCAAAUGGAACUUUAUCAAAUAUUUUACAAAAUGGUAAAACUUCUCUUACACUCACUACUAGUUCAUCGUCUGCGCGUAUAUCGGCAGCUUCCAGCAUUUUACUAACACCAAACAAUUCUGUGGCAACUAAUACAGCAUCAACCACAUCGAUAAUACCAAAAGUGAUGGACAACAUGGCAACAACCAAUAGCUCUUCACAUUUGAUGCUCAGUUCUACUCAUUCCUUGGACACAUUCAAGAUGUCACAAAUACCUCGACAAGUAACAACUUGUAAUAACAAUGAUAUCUCUCAUAAUACAGUAUGUGGGAAUAUAAUCAUGGUUGAAAGUUCCCUUAGUACUAAACCUACUUGUUCAUCCGUAAUAGUACCAUUAAGCAAUCAUAAUUCAGGAACUAUUUUACCACUGUCUAAUAAACUAAAAGUUACUCAAAAAUCGACCAAAUCUAUGCCAAAGAUAACAGUCAAUGCGUCUAAUUUACAAAGAAUUCAUAAAUCUCAAACAGUACAGAAGAAUUCUCUUGUAAACGAGAUUGACGAUGAAUUGGGAAAUAUAUUAGAUAUACCAAUAAUUUUUGCAAAAGAUGAUGAUAACUUAAACUCUAUUGAGAAAAGUACAUCUUUAUCUCAGACAAUGGCUGUAGAUAUUCAUGAAAAGACUAUACCUAAAUUGAACAGUAAUACCAAAGUUGUGCUCAUAAGUAACAAGCAAGAUAAGUUACAGCAAAGUAAUAAAUUUGUAACACCAUGUACCCAAGCUGUUCUAUGUCCUAAUGUAGCUGUACAAAAUUUAAAUCAUGUGAUACUACAGACAAACCCUCAAACUUCCACUUUGUCUAAAACUAAAACUACAAUUCCAAUACAAACUCGUUCAAAUCAACCCACUGUUAAAUACACCAAGAUAAUUCUUGCAAAGAGAAGUUCUCAAUCAGUACAUCAAAAUGAUAAAAAUGAACAAGUCAUUGUAACAAAGACAGUUGACAAAAUUAAUGCAUCUAAGUUGCUAAAUUUCGAUAAAAAUGAGCAUCGAUAUGCACAAAUCGCGAUAAAGCAAACGGCAAAGAAUGAAGAUAAUAUAGUAGAUGAGGCAUUAGAAAUAGAAGAUGCUAUAAAAAUGAAUAUUAUAGAGCGUAAACAUAUACCUUUGCAAAGAGUUGACUUAUCAUCACAGACAAAUGACAAGGCAAAAGAAAGUUUGACUGAAGUUAAAUUAAAUGUAACAAAAGAAGAUAAUUCAGAAUGUACUGAAAUCGAUGAUGUAAUAAAUUUGCAGAUAUAAAAUGUUCUAUCUUAAUGGAAGAUGUAUAUCUGUGCUAAAAAAACAAUCUUUUUGGUAUUGUAAAUGCAAAACAAAUGAUAAAUAUUGUAGAUACAGAUAUCCAUUUUCUGGUUAAAAAUCGUAAUUACCCUAA